AUGGUAUUCGACUCGAAAGACAAGCUGUCAAGGCCCUCCUCCAGGCCUCGUGCCUUUGACGACUCUGACGACGAUGAGACCAUCCACAACGAGGAGAUCGUUUCGUACGGUCGUGAUGGCGCUAGAGGCAGCAGAGCACCACCCAAGCCUACCGCACCGCGUAUCAUUCCUGUCGCACCCAACUUUGACUGGCGACAGGAUCGCAAGCAGCGUCUAGGCAUGGCGUCCAACCUACAUUCUCUUGGUCCUCUCGUGUCCAUGCGCCGCGCCGACUCUUCCGCCGUGCCUGGAUCCACUGCCACCGCAUCUGCAAAAGGCGAUACCGGCAGCGAAGCCAUCAACACCGAAGCACAGAAGAGCGGCCUUGAACUUCGAAGGAUGAGACCUCGGUCGGAGGACCCACCGCAAGGCAGUACGGAUCAAGCCACUAACUUUUUGGAAGCUGCCGAUGCAUUGCCUGCUCCAAACACAGACGAUGUAUGCACGGACCAGGAAGCACUCAAAGCUCUUCUUGCGGGCGAGGGCGUCGGAAGUACCGAUACAGGAGAACCUCUGGUCAUUCAACAAGAAAGCGAUUCUGAGCUGCUACAACACGACAUCGACUCGAGGCCCGAAGCACCCACGCUCGAUGACUACGCAACCACACCAAUCGACCAAUUUGGCAUGGCUCUUCUGCGUGGCAUGGGAUGGAAAGAAGGCAUGGGCGCUGGAAAAGGUGGUAAGGGUCCUCAACAGGCAGCCGAGCCGAAAAAGCGUGCAGCUUUGCUCGGCCUCGGCGCCAAGGAAAGGCCUGCAACAUCGUCAAGCUUUUCUAUGCCCCCAUCCUCGUCACGAAACUAUCGGCCCAAGGACAAGCGCGAUUACAAUCUCGCCCUCGCCUCGAUCGGCGACAAGCUCGAGUACUGGUCACGAUCUCCCCUGCAUCCCACUUUGCUGCCCGUGGGGGCUCUCGCGCUCAUCCACGCAGCGAGAAUCAGCCACGCUACACGACAGGUUGCCGGGAGCCACAGUUAUCGCUUGACGGUAUGGCAGGGGUUUGUGUUGAAUCAGAUCCUCAUGUUUGGAGGUGUAGUGGUCAGCGGCCUGUUGCUGGGUAUCCCGUCGCCUGUUCUCGUGGCUUGGCCUUUGGUGGUGUUGUAUGGAGGGGUUCAUAUUUUACUGGACGUGUCAUCGGUAGGGAAGGUGCUGCUGCGGAUGCAGGAUUUGGAGUUUGUUGGCCUCUUCAUGGAUCUCUCUUUCGCGCUACUCGACGGCGUCCUCAGAGCAGAGGGCAUCAUCGAUCUCGGCGUCGAGCCCGUCCUCCGACACACAUCGCCCCGAGUCUCAACCUCGCUCUUUGCUGCACUGCUCAACUCGGCCAUCAUCGGUGGAGGCGUACCGCUUCUGAUCGACAUGUUUAAGCUUGACUCUUCCACGGGUGAAUGGGGUCUCCGCACUCCAGUCUGGAUGAAACAUCCGUUCAAGGGAACCAACGACGCUCUCAGCGCUACUCUGCUCGCAUUCGUCUAUUUGGCUCUCGCCGGCUCGACUUCGGCGCAGCUCCCAGUUGUUGCCGGCGUGGUUGAAGCGUCGGGGCUGGACAAAUUGAGGAGCAGAGAAGUGCGCACUUUCUGCUCGCUAAUGCUAGGCGCUAUCUUGCUCGCUGAAAAGGCGACUGUGCUCUCGUUGGCGUCGAGUGCAGUUCCAAAGCGUGCUACAUCAAGACCUCGUGCUUCUGCGGCGGCUGCUGCCGCUGAUGGGAAGUCAACUGCAGCCAAUGGCGGCGCAGACAAUCGCGAAUCUACCUCACGCAAACAGCGAUAA